UGUCUGCUAAGCAAGUAAGAAUCCUGAUCUGCAUCUCCUCGCGUGCAUCCCCAUGAAGCCGCACAAGAGCAGCCCAUCUUCUCCGAAGCGCUCGGCGGCCAUUGCCACACCGAUCAUCGUCCUGUUGGGCCUUGCGCUCGUCUCGAUCUACGACAUUACCUUCUCUAACCGUUACCCGCGCAUAGACCGCGCAACCACCUCCUCGUCGGCGUCACCGGAGGCGGCCAACGUCACCAGGGCAUGCGACGUUGCGCGGGGAGAGUGGGUGCCGGACACCGAGGCGCCGUACUAUACGAACCUGACGUGCCCGUACAUCGACGACCACCAGAACUGCAUGAAGUUCGGCAAGCCGAGCCUUGAGUUCAUGCGGUGGCGGUGGAGGCCUGACGGGUGCGACCUUCCCCGCUUCAACGCGGCGCGGUUCUUGGAGGCCAUGAGGGGCAAGUCCAUGGCCUUCGUCGGCGACUCCCUCGCCCGGAACCACUUCAAAUCUCUGAUCUGCCUCUUGUCCAAGGAGGUUCAGUCGGUGGAGGUUGCGACAGCGCCGGAGAUCGACGUGACGGGAAGAGCCGUCCGGCGAGACUACCACUACAGAAAUCACGGGUUCACCAUCUCCCUCCUCUGGUCGCCCUUCCUGGUCAAGGCCAAUCAGUCGAACGCGACGCUCGGCAUGUGGGAUCUCCACCUCGACACGGCGGACGCACGGUGGGCGGCGCACAUAGCCGACUUCGACUACAUCAUCCUAUCGGGUACCAACUGGUUCCUCCGCCCGUCGGUGUACUACGAGGGCGGGCGCGUCACCGGGCGCAACAACGCCGCGGGCAGCAGCGGCGCUUCCCCCAACGUGACCGAGCUGCCCGUGCCCCGCGCCGUGCACACCGCGUUCCGCACGGCGCUGGGCGCCAUCUCCACGAGCAAUGAUUUCCGCGGAAAGGUCGUCCUCAGGACGGUGACGCCCGCGCACUUCGAGAACGGGGAGUGGAACACCGGCGGCGACUGCGUCCGCACGCGCCCGUUCCGGCGCGGCGAACGCGCCCUGGGCGCCGUGGAGGCCGAGUACCGCGGCGCGCAGGUUGAUGCGCUGAGGGAGACGGAGGCGGCGGUGCGGCGGAAUGGCGCGGAGCUGUUGCUGCUGGACAUUACGGAGACGAUGAACAUGCGGCCCGACGCGCACCCGAGCCGGUACGGCCACCCGCCGGGCGGGAGCGUGGAGGGGAGCUUCGUGGUGGACUGCCUGCACUGGUGUUUGCCGGGGCCGAUCGACCUGUGGAACGAGCUGCUGUUCCAGAUGCUGGCUGCUAAUCAUUAGCGUCGAUCUUGUCAAUACUGAGUGUGGUGCAUGCACCGAUGCACUGAACGGAGAAAAACUUGAUCCGAUCUGUAAAUUGAAGCUCGUUUGCCAUUAUU